AUGAAAGACGCGCCUCAAAACUUGCGAAUGAACCACAUUGACAUAUCAAAAAGAAAUCGUUGGGCUAAUCCAAACUCCAUACAAAUUGAGACACUUCCUGUGCCUACGAAAGUACAACGAUAUCACAUAGCUGGUAAAACUCCUAACAGGCAAGAAAUCAACGACGCCAAAUCGCCAGAGGAGCAGCACAGAAACUUGGUAUUAGAGCGCCUGGGCGGCCUCCGGAACUCGAUCACUCAGAGGUUAAAGAUUCACGCCGAUUCAACUCAGAACGAAAAAGCAGCUUCACAGUUCGCUCCUAACGGAUCACUAAGUUAG